AUGGAAAAGAAGCUUAUCCAAAUAAGUACUCGGGAUGGCGACUCUCUCCAGGUGUACAUAACUCGGCAAUUCGGAGACGAGGAAACAAAGACUGUAGAAGCAGCGGACAAAGACGCUCUCAUUGGUGAGUUGUACGGUAUCGUGAAGGAAAUACCUAUGGCGUCACCUCCAGGUAGUGAAGAUAUAUACGGUUUGGAUACUGGUAUUGCUCGGAUGAGCGAGGAUUGGCAGUGGACCAAUGGUGAUAACAUAAGCGGUUAG